GCAGCCACAUAUCCACAGUUAUUUAAUACCUGCUGAUAAAAAUGCUUAAUGCAAACAUUAAAAUCACUAAACUGCAAUGGUUUUUCACCACUGCUGGACUGUUGCUGUAUAUGGUGGACAUUUGUACAGAUGUUGCACUGGCCCUGAAGUAUUACAAUCAGGAAAAUUUCAUCUGGAUGGGACUGACUCUGGUGUUUGUGCUGGCUGGGCUGAUCUUGACACAAAUCUUCAGUUACGCUUGGUACAGGGAGGACAUACAGGAUCAUCAGGUGAACCCAGGAAUGUCCAAAAGUGCACUUGCCAUUGUGCACAUAUUCGGCAUGGGUAUCAUCACCAGGCAUUACCACCUGCUGAAAGAAGGCUUUGCUGAAAUUUGGAUGACAACUCCAAAGGAGCGUAAGAAUCUGUCCGAACUGGCAGCGACUCUGACCAUACUCAAAAUGUUUGAGACGUUCCUGGAGAGUGUUCCUCAGCUUCUCCUACAGCUAUACAUCACACUGUGUCAUGAUGAGAUCUCAGUCAUGCAGUGUUUGUCGAUGACGUUCUCCUUCUUUAACACCGCGUGGGUGCUGGUGGACUAUUGGCGAUGCCUGCACAAAUCCAGCCUCCACAAUAAAGAGAUGCCCUCAGUCCUACACACAUUGGUCUACCUCCUGUACAAACUGUGCACCGUCACCAGCCACAUCUUCAGCUGCUGCUUGCUCCUCAUUCUGAGCUCCUACAGCUCCGUGGGCCUCGCCGUCCUGUGGUUACUGGGCAUCACAUGGAUGCACAUACUGGACACAAACUUGUGCUCGUCCAAAAGACUUGAGUGGCUCUACCGGGCUGUCGGUGGACUCAUCCUUGUUGUCACCUUCUUCAAUGCCUCAGGUCAGAACAGCAAACAGCAAAAGCAGAACAGCAAAGUAGCCGUGAUCAUCUACUACUCUUUCUAUACUGUCUUAAACAUCGCUGCUCCCAUCCUGCUGAGUUGGUUGAAGCCUCUGGAAAUGGUUCAGUUUUUAUUUCCCGUCUGCGGUAUAAUCUUUGGGGGAACAUUGCUGGGUGUGGUGUUCCUCACGGUGUACUAUGUCCUCCUGGAUCCCACAGGGGAGAGUUGUGAGGUAGACGAGGUGGAUGUUUUAGGUAAGGAAGCAAAGAACACACUGGGGAUAAACUGCAUCCUUCAAGAAAAGGACGCAGAGGCCACACUGAGGAUAAAACGCUUCCUUCAGCCCUGA